CUAUAUUACCUUUUUGGAGACAAAUUUGUUUAGCGUUUUUUUGAAAUUUUUUCUCAAGAGGGAUUUUAACAGAAAAGCAAUGGCAAGUGCUUUGGGUAGCAGAGUUGAAUCUGUUCGAAACUCUCCCUUGGUAAGAUUUUCGAUCAACUUUAUCAGAUCCUUUGGCUCUUCUUCUUCUUCAUCUGCCGUUUCUUCUGCUCAGAACCCUAAGAAAUCAAAGCGAAGAAAGAAGAACUUAUUGGAUGUGGCUGAGUUCUUAUCUAACUGGGGAAUCGGCUACCACAUGGCCAAGACUCACUGGAACGAAGUUUCUGACGAAAUCACUAAAAUCAAUCUUUACAAGGAUGGAAGACAUGGGGAUUGCUUUUAAAAAUGGUUAUAUAGUUUCAUAAGUUGUAUUAGAAUUGUUUUUGACUUUUGGUCAUUCUGUUUUUUCAAUUUUUAUGUACAGUAGAUUCUGGUUGUUGAAGGCACUGGUAAUCAUGCUGCACUGCUAUUCUUCAAUGAUAGUGUAGGCUACGCUAAGAAUGCCUUUAUGAAUUCUUACAUUGGCCAUAUAGGAUAAUCAAUCUAUUAUAAACACUUAACAAAUUGGAUGGUAAGUGCAGAUUUUUUCCAUAAUCAAUAAACAUUUAGGUUAGUGAAAAGUGUAGGGAGCUUCUAGUUGAGGUGUUUGAGUUUCAUCUGAUUGGGCAAGCUUCAUUUCCUUUUCGAGUUGCAAAUUAAAACAGGUGUGCUUCUGUCAAUUACGAUAUACAUUAUACAAUGACAUAGAAAGUAGAAUACUUAAUU